AUGACACCAACACCAACACCAACCAACAAAGCAGCAUGGCUAGUCGCCCCCAGGACACCCCUCGUCGUAGGACCUGCAGAAUACACCCACCCAGAUGCUAAGCAGAUUGUCGUCAAAAACGCCGCUGUAGCAGUCAACCCUCUCGACUGGGCAAAGCAGCACGUUGGCGACAAAAAAUGGGAGUGGAUUACCCACCCGUUCGUCAUUGGCCAAGACAUCGCCGGUGAAGUUGUCGAGAUCGGAUCUCAAGUAACCCGCUUUAAAGUUGGUGACAGAGUCAUUGCACACGCUGUGGGAUUCUACCUAUAUGGGAACCGGGUUGCCGAGGGCGGGUUCCAGUACUACACUAUUGCCCGCGAGCACAUGGCGAGCCCCAUUCCCGAUGAUCUAUCCUUUGAGAAAGCAUGUGUCAUCCCCAUGUGUUGCUCGGCUGCUUCUUGCGCGCUCUACCAGAAGGGCCAUCUGGCGCUCGAUUACCCGACUGUACCUGCGCAGCUGAUGAACGGGGAAUAUAUCCUUAUCACUGGUGGUUCGACGGCUGUGGGGAGCAAUGCGAUUCAACUUGCCAAGAACAGUGGAUACACAGUUGUGACGACGUGCUCGGAGAAGAACUUUGCUUAUGCGAAGAGCCUUGGUGCGGAUUUUGUCUUCGAUUAUAAUAGCCCGACGCACGAGGAUGAUAUUGCGGCUGUGUUGCAGGGCAAGAAAGUUGCUGGUGCAUUUGCCGUUGGACCAGGCUCGGUGGAACUGUCCAUUCAUGUACUUGGUCAUUUGGGUGAUGAAUGCCGCAAGUUUGUUGUGAAAGCCAGCUUCCCAUGGCCCAAGGACGAUCCGAAGGAUGAUGAUGAGUAUUGGGCGUAUAUGAAGUGGGUGGAUGAGUGGAAUCAGGGUAUUGCGGCCAUGGCAGAUGAAGUGGGCAUUGAAACAAAGUAUGUCGAAGGGGCGGAACUGGGCAGAAAUGAGGUUAGCCAAGCAGUUUAUGUGGAUUUCCUUCCUGAAGCUCUGGCAAAGGGCUUGUAUGUGGCUGCUCCAGAGCCGCAGAUCAUUGGGAAUGGACUAGAAAGCAUCCAGGAGGCUCUUGAGAUCCAGAAGAAGGGAGUUAGUGCGAAGAAGAUUGUUGUGACCUUGGAGGGUUAA